UGGCGGACAUGUCGCACGGACAUUAGAGGCACGUGUGUAUUAAUGCCCCGGUGAUUAAUAUAAACAGUAUUUCCCUGUACUACAGGCUAGUUUGAUACACGAGUGUGAGUUAGUUGUUUUUUUGUUAAAGGUUUAUAAGUGUAAGGUUGAUUAAUGGUGAUCAGUGUGAGGCGGAUUCGAACCGGAGGAGAGCGCAGCUGACGGUGGGGAGAGUUUACUGUCGGUGUGAGGGGACGAACAGGGUGCUGAUGUGCUGCUCUGACAGCUGUACUGUGAGCCUUUGUUAAUGGGGCUUCCCUGCAUAAACGACACAGAAGAUCUGGACAAACAGAACAAGGACAUGGACAGUGGAACCAAUGUUGACUUGGAUGGAGACACACAAGAGGAUAAUGUGCUUCAGAAGUCUAAUCUUCAAACUGAAUCAUGUAAAGGAAUGCAUGAAGGACAGAAAGCAGCCAGCUCUCAAGAGCAAUCUAAUACUGAGCAAGAGGUUUUGCCAUCACCCAACAAACCACGUAAAAGGGGUCGUCCAAGAAAAAACUUACAAAACAACCAAGACCAGGGUCCAGCAAAAGCGCCAGUUACUCAUGACACCCCUGCCAUUCAAGAGAGCCCUGAGAUGACUCUAGGUGGACGUCCGAAGAGAAAAGCUGCAAAAGCUGCUCUGGAGUACCUUCAUAAUCUCAGUAAAGACCUUGAAACAGCUGAAAAAUCCUCUGCUAAGAGAGCGCAAAAUGGGCUGGAUCAGUCAAGCGGUCCCACUCCGAGGAAACCGUCAGGAAGAGGCAGAGGGCGAAAAAGGAAAGCGCCAGACUACAGCAGCGAUCAGAGCAACGAUGAAGACUUCGACCCAGGGAACCAUGGAGAGCUGGAAAGUGAGGAAGAUGAGGACGAAGAUGAUGAAGAUUCAGUGCCAUGGAAACAACAGUGUAAAAAGAUGCCAUAUAACCAGAAGGUGGUUGGAAAUAAUGGGCUUUCCAUCAAUGCCAUGCAACCUGUUUGGGAAUCCUUCAGAAAAAUCAAAGAAUUCCGUGAAAAGCAUCUCUCCUCGUGGGUGUUUCCUGAGUGGAUUCCUUCAGUCACUGACUGGCAGAUUUUGUCUUGCAGGGAGGCAGAGAAAUAUUUACCCCAAGAGAAAGAGUCGAUGUCUUUUACGGUAUCCCGCGAGGGCAUCAAGGGACAAGCUACACUGCAGACGGUGAAACGGUUUGAGUCCAUGUCACCGAAUACAGAAAGAUGGGACUCGCUGUUCUUUGUCGGAGGCCCCGUCUGGGCCAUGGAGUGGUGUCCUGUCCCUGAAGGUGCUGCUCAUACACAAUAUGCUGCCCUUUACUGUAACAGAAACAUGGAUACCCGGCACAAAAUAAACACACUUCACACAGAGCACGGUCUCCUCCAGCUGUGGGACCUGGGCAAGCUACAGACGAGUAGACCUUUGUCAUCCCCAUGCUUAGCCUACGCCCUGGCAAUAGAUGAUGGUUGCAUCUGGAACAUGAAGUGGUGUCCAGCAGGAGCCUGGGAGCUUCCUACAACUGUCAGAAAGGCCCCGCAUAUGCCUCGACUGGGACUGAUAGCCACAGCCUUUUCUAAUGGAAACAUUGCUGUUUACACUCUGCCUCAUCCCGAGCAGCUAAAAGCUCAAAAUCAACCUACAGGAGAGAGCAGCCAGGGACUACAGAUAUACCAGGUGGAGCGCAUCAUGACUCUAAAGGUUGGCUCAAGCCAGGCGGAUCACAACGGCCGAAGUGGACUGUGUUUUACUCUCGAUUGGCUCCCAGUUAAACCCCACAACAUCCUGGCUGCAGGCUUCUGCGAUGGUAUGGUGGCUUUAUGGGAUCUGAGCACUAAGUCUCCUUUGCUUAAAGUUAGAUCUACGAAUAGAUCUGUCUCCCUCUACCCCUACCACUGCUUCUUGGCGCAUGACAACACCAUUCGCCGCCUCAGCUGGUGCAGGGCUUCAAGUGAAUUGAUGGUUACCGUAGGUGAUGAUCGCAUGGUUAAAAUGUGGAACGUGAAUAAGACUGACACUCCACUGAAGACAGUAAAGCGCUUCCUGCCCACUGAUGUGUCCUGGCCUGUAAUGUGGCCAGGAGCUUUUCUCACUCAGGAGUCCUGCUAUGCCACGUUUGGGCAACAAGGACUUCACUACCUUGACUCGGGUUACUACGGUUGUAAGUCUUUAUUUGUUUGCACAAGGAAAGCUACUGUAUGGAGCCUGUCUGUGUCCGACUGGAUGAACUCCUGUGUGAUCGGGGACAACAUUGGAGAGUUUGUUUGCUCUGUGCUGUGCGACCCAAACUGCAACUACAGCAACAGCAAGAGACAUCGAUUUCCGGUGUACAUAACAGAGAUGGCACAGUUUGAGACUGGUCAGAGAUUAGAAGAUCAGCUAGAGGAAGAAAAUGUGGAAGAGCCUGAAGCCACCCAGCUGGAGCCCCAGACUUACAGCGGGGCAAAGAAAAAAUACUACCUCCGCUUUCUCGACAUGGACCUUACAUCUUUUAAAAAAUUUCAAGACAAGCCUAUCUUGAAGCAGCUGCAAGCCUCAGAGACUAAAGGGCUGCUUUUAGUGGAUCAGAUGCCUCUGAAUGCUCUCUAUAAGGUGUGCUUCAAUCCAAACAUGGACUCUUACAGCUGGGUGUUGUCGGCUGGCCAGUCGGGUUUAGUGCGUCUUCACUGUCUUAUUGGCAUAGACGGUCCGGUUAUGCAUAAACUCAUUCGCGAGGCCCAAGCACAGUUCAGCACCAUGUUCUGCUCUCAGGAAGAUGACGCAUCCCCUACUGAAGUCCACCAGUGCAGGGCAGAGACGACGGUAGUGCCCUAGAAGCCAUGUAAACACACUCAGCUAGUACAGGCUUUAUAGUGUAUUCCAUAAAAGUCUAAUCCUUUGUUUUUACUCUUAAAUGACUUUAUAUAGAGUAACAGAUUUCUAUAUGAAUAUAUACAUGUAUAUAAAAAUCUUAACUUAUUUUGGUGACUGGAAAAGAUAUCACUAUUUUCAUACAGUGUGUAAAAGGUUUUAUAUAUUGUGUACUUUGUUUUUAUUAAUUGCUGAAAUACUGAUAUUGUGACAUUACAUCAACAGCACUUUUGAACUGCUAUUUCUAAAAUGAAGACUUUCUAGGUUUGGUUUUUAUUUAUAUGUAAAUGUCUCUUAAAAUGUAUAAAGCCUUUUUGUAUAAUGUGUUUUUGUCUUAAUUAAAUGAGUCUGA